UCUGCCAGUCAUUGACGUAAUCGCGAAAUAACAAUAAAAAGCGGAUGACAGUGAAUGGGACCAGCAGCUUCUCAACCCGCCUGUUUGAUACCGAGCGCGCUUGGCUCAAGCUCCGUCCACUGUCCAUCGGCAAGAACUUGCCCCCAAACCAUUGUGAGGGAAUGAAGCUGCCGUCGGUUUGCUGUAUCUUAUGCCUGUUGGUAUGCCUGGCAUUUCCUGAUGCGGAUUCUCGAGUCCAAGGCUCCUCGGUGGAGGUCAGAAAUGCUGAUAUUGAUUCCUCUUGGUAUACUGGACGUGGAAUAAGGCCUGUGGGCCGUUUUGGAAGGCGAGGACUAACCCUGGAAAACAUCAGGAAAUAUGAAUUUGGCACUCGUCGUGUCUGUAUCCCAAUCGAAGAAAGUGAAGAAUCCAACCAGGAUGAUUAAAUUAAGCUCCUGCCUAUAACUCUAUUCUCACAAAGCCAGUUUCAUUAUUUCUCAACUUUAUUUCUGUAAUUGUGUAAUAAAAAAACUCUCAAAUAACUAUCAAAAUGUGAAUAGUAUUAAAAAGACAAGGUUCAUCAUGUGUGCAAAAGCAAAACUUUAAUGUUGACUGCUGAAACUUCAACUAAAGUAGUUUUAGAGUUUCAACUCAAUUAGAAAUCAAUGUGCAUCCACACUUCUGUGCCUACCAUUGUCAUUUGGUGUUAUUUGCCAGGAUUAUAGGGAACUGUUUAAGAAAUAGCCAAACCAUGUCAGAAAUUGUGGUACUACAUUUCCCUAAACCUGUAAUUCUCACUCAUGUCUUCGAUUUCCAUUAGCUGUUUCUUUCAACUACAUUUCUUUUCUACUUAUUUUCCUGUUUUCUUUCUCUGCAUAAUUUUGAUUCCUCUUCAGUGAUUUUCAUUUCUUUUUCAGUUGUUGCAUUUUAAAAAUGUUUUGCUCAGAUUCAGCACCAAAACUAUUCUUUUCAGCAAAAGUAAUGAAUAUAUAAUUUGAUGUUAACCCUACCUUAAGACUGUCCUGCAUUGAGUAAGGUUUGUCAAUAUAUGUGAAAUGCAAAGUUUCCUAUAUUGUGGAAGCACUGAUGAAGACAUUUCAAGCAAAAUAUUGGUAAGAUCAUAGCAUUAUGUGUCUUCAUGAUUCAUACACCUGCUACUUUGACAGUAAAUUGCCAUCUUCUGUUCAUAGUAGCCAAAACAUAAAAUAGAAGAAAACUAACAGUGGUGUUCUUCUAUAGUUAUGCUUAAGGUACCUUAUUGGUACAAAACAGAGAGCUUUUUAUUCUACCUUUCACUUAUGUUGUACCUUCCUGAAAGUGCUUGUUGGCAUUUAGAUUUCAAAUCUGGAAAGUUUUUCCUCUAUAAGUGUUCGUAUCUCUCACUACUAUAAACUUAAACCAAUUUAACAAUAUUUCUAAGGAUUUUUUGUUAACUUUUUAUGACUUUUAAAGCAGUGUGAUACAAAGCAGUGAGUCUGAGUCCUGUAUUAGUGUUUGCAACAACCAUUUGGGUCAGAAAUCUAAUCUACCAAUUUUCCUAUUUUUUCCAAGGCUUUCACUAGUUCUUGGCGAGAUAGUUGUUGUGUCACUGUGGAACAUUGUAUCAGGCUAUUGCAUUGCCCCCAACCAAAAAUGCCAUUUUAAUGAUGUUGGUGUGUUUCCCAAUAAUUGAGGAAGGGCGGGGGGAAGGAGUGUAGUUUAAGAUAAAGUGACAAUUUUACUGUAGGAAUAAAUUGAUCCUAAUUCAAUUUUUUGCCUCUUCAUGUCAACCUUGCUUUGUGUUCCUUUCCAGCUUAUUAACCUAGUCCAUUUGUAUACAUAAUAUAGCCAGCUGUUCAUUUCUCUUCACCUAUAGCUUCGUAGUGCUUCAUUUGUCUCUGAGCUUAGCCUUGGGACAUUAAGAACAAACAUUCAAAAGCAUUGUCUUCCCUUGCUCUCCUAAGAUUGCUUUAAUAUAAUUAUCAAUCCCUUUCCUCUGGAGAAGUAUCUGACAUCCAUUUCAUAGUCUAGGGUUACUAAGAAACACAGCCAGCUGUGAUGGUUGCUUUAUACAAAAACUCCUGUCAACAAGUUCAAAAUGUGUGGAUGUCAAGAGAAGACAGGUUUUGAACAUGGAUAUAGUAACAUCCAGAAAAGAAUUGUAUUCCACACUACUGACAUUGCUAAAUGUAAAGUGCAAAAUGUAUAUUGAAUAAAGACCAUCUGUCAAAUGCUUGAAAUAGGAUGUUUACAGUAAACACCUCAAGCUAUUUGAUCUUAAAGAUAAAAUACUGUUGGAACAUCUGUUGCCUCUGAAGUUCAGCAAUUUCAUUUUCCUUUUCAGAAGUACCUUUGUGUUAAUUCUGCAUUUUAUGAGGUUGUGGUGUGAUUGUACAUUCAGGUGAAGCAUGUACUGUGCAGAAAGAUUACAUGUUGUUAGAAAAGUUUUAUUUAAAGGAGUUUCAACUGUAAGUACCAAUUUUAAGUAUUGCAAGACUAGAACUACUUUUUUCCUGCUAUUUUUCAUUAAUGUUAUCAUUCAUUUUAUUAACAUUAUCAUUGGAGAACUAGUCUGAAGAAGUUAUUGAGCUCGUAGUGGGUGGAAACUGGUUUGAACAUACACACAUAAUAAAGCAAUACUCCUCUGUAUCUCAUUGUAUUCCACUGUUCAUCUUGCUCCUCUGUUUUGCAGAUUAGGUGACUAAUGCUCCCUGUAUUGAUGGAUUUUAUCAACCUCUGCCUAUUCUGUGACAUUAUCCAGCUGCUGCCUUCUAAUCUUUUGCUAUCAAUUGUUUUCAGUUAGAUAAUGUGCCCACAUUAAGAAUAAUUCCAUGAUCUGGUGUUCCCAAUGGACCGUUCUCUAUUGCAGAGUUACCUAUAAUAGAUUGCCAUACUUAUCCUCUGUCUUCUCAUAGUAAUUCAAGAGUCCUUCUUAAAUUACACCGACUGAUUCAUCUGUAGCACAAUAACUCAAAAACUUCCACUCUGCAGAGCCAUAUUUAACCACAGAACACUUGAGUAUUACACAUUAUUAUCAGCCUAAUUUUACAAUUAUACAGAAAUGUCUUCAGGUUGUGAAACAACUUUUUCAAUUGUUCUGUUUUAUUUGUCCAUCUGUUAGCCUGCGAAACGAAACAAAUUGAUCAACUUUGUUGAUUUCAAUUACUAAUUGCUUAAAGCUUUCCUUGUGUUGUGAUUACCAUUGAUUUUUGUCUUAAUUUAACUUAAAAUAAAUUCUAAACAUCUGAUUUA